AAAUAUUCCCUUAUGGAUGUCAAUCAUCGUUGUUGGAGUUCUUGGAACAAUUUAUACGUCAAUAGGUGGUAUUAGGACAGUGAUAUGGACUGAUGUUUUUCAGUUUAUCAUAUUAUUUGGAGGACUGAUAGUUAUAAUUGUCAUGGGUACAAUAAAUGUGGGUGGUCUAGCAAAAAUAUAUGAAGUUACCAGAGACGGGUCAAGGCUGAAUUUUAGCACAACAAGUGUAGAUCCUCGUGUACGUCAUACUGUGUGGGGAUUUCUCACAGCAGGAUUUGUAAAUUGGCUUCCAAACUGUUGCAAUCAAUCAGCCGUGCAACGAAUUUCUUCGAUGCGGACUGUUCGAGACACUAAAAUAUCCACGUUUUUGAACGUUCCUGCUGUGUUCUUAUACGGUAUAAUACUAAUUUUCUUCGGUCUGUUACUGUACACACAUUAUUCAAUACAAGAGUGUGAUCCAUGGUCAGCCGAGUAUGUCAGCAAUGCCAAUCAGUUGAUCCCAUAUUACGUUAUGAACGUUUUUCGCAACAUUCCUGGAAUGACUGGUUUAUUUAUAGCAGCAUUAUUCAGUGGAGCUUUAAGGUACAAACGCGUACAUUAA